AGGGACACAGGCGGGGCUUCUUUCUCUGGGAAUGACAGAACUGCCUCCCAGGCAUCAUUAUAAAGCAGGUUGUCUAGACUGGGGCCAGGCCACUGUAACACUGUCCCCUCAACCUCUUUGGCUGCUUUCAACGCCAUCAGUCCCACACAGCCCAGCCAUGACAUCCUACAGCCGAGUGGCGCUGGUCACUGGGGCCAACAGGGGCAUUGGCUUGGCCAUCGUGCGCAGCCUGUGCCAGCAGUUCCCGGGGGAUGUGGUGCUCACGGCGCGGGACGCAGCACAGGGUCAUGCAGCCGUGCAGCAGCUGCAGGCGGAGGGCCUGAGCCCGCGCUUCCACCUGCUGGACAUCUGCAACCGGCAGAGCAUCCGGGCCCUGCGGGACUUUCUGCUCAAGGAGUAUGGGGGCCUUGACGUGCUGAUCAACAACGCGGGCAUUGCCAUCAAGGAUGAUCGCACAAGCUUACAUUUGCAAGCAGAAAUGACAAUGAAAACCAACUUUUUUUGUACCCGAGAUGUCUGCACGGAGCUGCUGCCUCUAGUGAGACCCCAAGGGCCAGGGGCCCCUCUCCCAGGACUACACACUUAUCAGUGGCCAUCGGUGCUUCUCUCCGUGGCACAACCGCCUCUUCCUCUUCUUGGACUCUUCAGUCCAGCUGUCCCACAGGCCCUUCACUUGCUCCCAGCCCCUCACGCCUGCAGAUCCCUGAGCAUGGCUUCCCGCCCUCUGCCCUCCCCGCCUGUGUCUAGUGUGAUCUUAUUCCAGCAAACACAGCCUUCUCCACCCCCAAUUUAUUAUGCCUUCCAAAACCCUGUCAGCUGCCUAGAACUUAUCCAGAUCUUGUGACACUCAAUUAUCUGUUACUGUCAGUCAAUGUUGUCCUAACACACACCACACCCUUAGAAUCCUCCUUACGUAAUACAUUUUGAAAUACACUCACGCUUACCCAAACCUUUUGGACUCUGACUUGAUCCGCCCCCUUGGAUGCUAGAGGUCACCAUAACCACCUCCUACUAUCAUUAACCAGACCCAGGAAUUAGCCACCUGAGUUUCUCCCUAGGCCUCCUCCCCCAGCUCUACAACAGAUGCUUGGAUGUCAUUUGAGGCAAUUGGAACCCUAAUAAGGGACCCUCCUAUUGAGGCCACUCCUUCCUGAGCAUUCUCUGUACUCUGCAUGCUUACUCCCUCCACAAAGUGCUUUAGGAGCAAAGUCCAGGCCCUCAGCAUGGCUUCUAGGUCUCUCUCUCAUCUGACCUGCCUUUGUCCCAGCCGGGA